AACGUUUCCAAAACACCAUGUCACGAGCCACUACAAGACAACCCAUUUUCCUCUCUCACUUAUAAAUCCCACCUUUUUGUUUUCAACUUUUAACCAAAAUUCAAAGCUUUUCUGAGAAAAACGAGACCCACCCACCCAAGAGAAAUGGCUCGAUUUCACCCCUUCAACUCCUUUCUUCUUCUUUGUCUCGCCAUUGUUUCUGCGCCCACUCACGCCCUCAACGUCGGCGUCCAGGCCCUCGAUGCCUCAAUCACUCUGAGCAAAGAUUGCAGCAGAAAAUGCGAGUCAGAGUUCUGUUCAGUGCCUCCACUUUUGAGAUAUGGCAAAUAUUGUGGGCUGUUGUAUAGCGGCUGCCCCGGCGAACGCCCCUGCGAUGGCUUGGAUGCUUGUUGCAUGAAUCAUGAUGCCUGUGUUGCUGCCAAGAACAAUGACUAUUUAAGCGAAGAGUGCAGCAAGAGCUUCUUGAACUGCAUGGAGAAGUUCAAGAGAUCAAAAUCGGCUCCUUUCAAAGGGAACAAAUGCGAAAUUAGUGAAGUGGUGGAGGUCAUCUCCUUUGUCAUGGACGUUGCCCUUCUUGCAGGCAGAGUUCUUCACAAGCCCUAGCAUUUUUAAUUCUUCACCCAACAAUGUUUGAUUUGUAUCGAAAAUUAAUCUCGUAUUAAUUUUGUUAUGUUCUAAUAAAUGUAGUAUUUAUGAUUAGAACUC